AUGCUUGCCACCGCUCUCCUCAGCUUCGCGCUCCUCGCAACCUCCGCGUUCGGUAUCCCGACCGCCGCCGAGCGCAAGACUGCCCGCCUUGAGCGCCGCCGCCUCGGUGUGCACCAGUCGCGCCCCAAGGUGUCGUCCGAGAACCUCAUCACCAACACCUCCCACGUCGAGUACUCCUCGAACUGGGCCGGUGCCGUCUUGAGCUCGUCUUCCGGCACGUACAAGUCGGUGACUGGCACCUUCGUCGUCCCCACCCCGUCCAAGCCCUCGGGCUCUCGCUCUGGCACUUACUCUGCUUCUGCCUGGGUCGGCAUCGACGGUGACACCUGCGACACUGCCAUCCUUCAGACCGGUCUCGACUUCACCAUCUCCGGCAGCAGCGUAUCCUACGAUGCCUGGUACGAGUGGUACCCUGACUACGCCUACGACUUCUCCGGCAUCAGCUUCAAGGCCGGCGACUCCGUCACCGUCACCGUCACCGCCUCCUCGACCAAGUCCGGCACGGCCGUGAUCAAGAACAACACCACCGGCAAGUCCGUCUCGAAGACGAUCUCCUCCUCCUCGGCGCUCUGCGAGCAGGACGCGGAGUGGAUCGUCGAGGACUUCGAGUCGGGCGGCUCGCUCGUGCCCUUCGCCAACUUCGGCACCGUCACCUUCACCGGCGCGUCUGCGGGCCUGUCCUCCGGCACGACCACCCCGUCUGGCGCCACCCUCAUCGACAUCGAGCAGAGCAGCUCCGUCCUCACCUCCGUCUCCGUCUCCGGCUCCUCCGUCACCGUCAAGUACGUCUAA